AUGAAUCAGGCGGAAUUCGACUAUCCAUGUGGUCAAGUGGUUUUCGAUUACGACGGCGGGAAGGUGAACGUGUGUAUCAACAGUGUUAGUACUGAAAAUACUCUCGUACCUUCCCCGAAUCUAAUGGAAGAAGCUCGUCGUCUAAUGGGAGAUACUAUCAAGAAUACGGUAUUCCAUCAAGCCCCUGAAUGCAGCGGUGAAAAAGGAGAAUCAGCGACGAAGCAGGAUCGUAUGCAGAAAUCUGUUGAUAUGGUGAAGGACUGGGUAAUGACGAUUCCGACCACCUACGAAGAUGAACCCCAUAACGAUUCGGAAAGUGUGGAUACGGCCAUUGAGCCCACGGAAGUUGCCUACCCAAGUAGCCCUGCUCGUAUUACUGUGAUUGAUGACGAAGACGAUGAUGAUGAUGGUGAUGAUGCAGCAGUAGCAGUUCCAAAGAAGAAGAAACGGACUGACGUUGUAACUACAACCAUUGCCGGACGCAAAAUUCAGUACACUGUCGAUAAUGAGCGUGGUGAACUAAGGAUGAGGACAACGGAAUCGGCUGCGAAUGAUACAUCAACAGAUGAUUUAACGGCAACAAAUACCUUUACCAGCGCUUCGUUUAGUUCAUUUGAACAGAUUGAAACUUUGAAGAUCGUAAGACAUGUAGAAACUGGUCAGUAUGAUUGGUUAACAAUGAUUGGGCACGCUAUGGAAGCACCUCCUGUUCCGUUAACGCUACCAGGCUUUUUACUAAAGAGCGAUCCUCUAGCGUAUGAAACUAUCGAUAUUAUGAAAGCUCAUGACUACGCAAACCAUUUCGUACGAGAGACUGACGACUGCGGGGAGUUCCUCGACCAGCGUAAAGAGCAACGAGAGAAGAUUCGCAAGCUUCAGCUUGUGGACUAUUUUGAGCGCAAAAGGAAUGCCAGGUUCGAAGCGAUCAGCGCCGACAGGUCACUCGAACUGCCUCAACCUGGUCCGGAUGAGCGCGAUAAAAUCCCAAAUUAUGCGAUAUGGUUGCGUGAGGUGUUACAGUAUGCUGAAAUAGAAAAGAAAAGACUGACGCAGUUGCAACCACUCAAUAAUAUCGGCCGCUGUCGAGCAGCUCGUACUGAACUGAUUCGUAACUUUGAUGUGCCAAUCGAACGAAGGACAAGAUCGGCAUCGUCACCAAACUGGUUAGGGCGCACAAUUUACGAACACUUUGGAGAGUACUUCUCUUUGGGAAUGGCACGACUUGAAUUCGAGAUUGCCGGACGGAAUCAGCGCGAGGGAUGUCAUAUUUCCGCUCACGAUGACAAUAUCACACAUUACUUUGUGAGCAGAAACAAUUCCCCGUCAACAAUGGUCGAUCCGAUGGAUUUAUUAGAGGAUCCAUAUGGGUUCUUCCGUCCAACAUCA